AUGUACAAUAACCCAUACCCAAAUCCUAUGUUCAAUAAUUAGUAUUUCGAACUAAUUCGAGAUAAUCAGUAAUUUCAACCCUAAAAAGAGUCUACUCAUUCACUUUAUGUUGACGGUAAUAACUUGAAAUAUAAGUUAAAUAGGCAUACCAAAUGAUGCAUAAGAGAGAGAAGUGGCACGUAUAUAUACUAAAUAUUAUUUAGAUAUUUUUCGGCCUUAUCCAGGGUUCCAACGAGUACGUCUGAUUAAAAAGUAAACUCAAAAGGGAAGAGAAUAUUUGCUUUGCUUUGUAGAUUUUGAUGAUGCCUUUCAAGCUACUGUUGUUAUGCAAACUCUCUAAGUGAGCAAAUUAUUUACAAUAUCUUAGGGAUAUCGCUUCGAUAAAAAUGACAAGACAGGCCUCAAGAUUUAUUUUGCUAAUAACCCAAAAUAAGAAAAGUAAAACAAAAAAUGACAUACUAAAGUAUAUAAAG